AUGAGGAAGAGGCGGGUGAUCCAACCAACCCAACAAAAAGAGCCUCCCAAGAAGGCUAGAAGGGGGUUUCGCGGAAAGAAAUGGAAGGAGAAGAAGGAGAAGCGAGAAGGGGCGGCAGACAAGAUGACAGAGAGGUUCGAGGGCAUCUCGGCAAAGAAGGAGGAUGCAUGUGUCAAGCGCUCCAAAAUGAAGGAGCAAAAGAAGUUCUUCUCCGACUCAAAAUAUGGAUUCAACGAUCGGCAAUUCUGCGAUUCAUUGGAUGAUCAACCACGGUUGAUACACUCUCUAAACAUCACGGUGUGGUUUGUAGAGAUUGUCAAAUCCAUUGGCAUCUUGCCAUACAACACCGGGUACCUCAAAGUGUUACUCCUCUUCAUCCUUGCACCAACUAUGGCGUCUUCCACCGGCUGCCCCUCCCCAACCUUCGAUCAUGUUGUCAACUCAGAUGGAGCACUUGAGUUCCCAUUGUUUCACAGGGACCAUCCAUGCGUCCAGCAACACCUCGGCAAUACGAGGUCAGGAAACAUCGUUGAGAUGGACCUGUCGCUGCCGAUUGACUUGAUACAGAAUGACGAUAUAAACAACUUCCUCUUUCUGAUGCCCAUCAAGCUGGGCACGCCACCGGUCUGGAAUCUUGUGGCAGUUGACACUGGAGCCUCACUUUCUUUUGUUCAGUGCCAACCAUGCACUCUCCGGUGCCACAAGCAAUCUGAUGCCGGGGAAAUAUUUGAUCCUAGCAAGUCGGAGAGUUUCAGUCGUGUUGGGUGCUCAGAAGAGAGCUGCCGCACGGUCCAACGGGCGCUACGUCUCCAAUCCAAAGCAUGCAUGGAGAAAGAGGACAGUUGCCUCUACAGUAUGACGUUCGGAGGAACAUCUUCGUAUUCCGUCGGCAAGCUAGUGAGGGACAGGCUAGCAAUCGGGCAGUAUGCCAAGGGAUACAGCUUCCCUGAUUUCCUCUUCGGAUGCAGCUUGGACACAGAGUAUCAUCAAUAUGAGGCUGGCCUAGUCGGAUUCGCUGACGAGCCGUUUUCAUUUUUUGAACAAGUGGCACCUCUGGUCAACUACAAGGCCUUUAGCUACUGCUUUCCAAGCGACAGAAGAAAGACGGGGUACCUGUCCAUUGGGGAUUACCCCCGUGUCAACUCCACAUCCUAUACUCCCUUGUUCCUGGCUUGGCAACGAUCACAGUAUGCACUGAAGCUGGAUGAGGUGGUUGUCAAUGGGAUCGCGCUGGUCACAACCCCCUCAGAAAUGAUUGUAGACUCCGGGUUCAGAUGGACAUCACUGCUGUCCGAUACCUUCAACCAACUUGACGCAACAAUCACCAAGGCUCUGCAACCUCUGGGAUAUAAUCGCAGCUAUUAUAGGGGAUCAGAUUAUAUCUGCUUUGAGGAUGCGCACUUUCAACAGUUCAGCAAUUGGGCCGCUUUACCAGCAGUGGAGCUGAAGUUCAACAUGGGCAUUACACUGACUCUACAACCCCAGAGCUCGUUCCACUUUCAUAACGACUAUGGACUGUGCACAUACUUCAUGAGGGAUGCCAGUCUGGGAAGCGGUGUGCAGAUACUAGGAAACACGAUGACACGGUCUGUUGGCAUCACAUUUGAUAUCCGAGGGGGUCAAUUUGCGUUCCGCAAGGGAGACUGCUGA